UUGUCGGCCUGCUUUUUCAUUAUGGCCGACGCGUUCUAGAACCUAUGAAGUUGCAGAGCCCCUCUCUCUCAACAUGGACUCUGAAUUCAGUCUCAAAUUAGCAAAGCACAGGGAUUUUCUUCAUGGUAACGUAAACAAAGGUUUAUAUGAUGCAAGAUCAGGGCCAAGGAUCACCAUAUCACCAUAGUACAACAUCUUUUCUGCAAAUGCAACCCUAAUUAUAUCACAAGUCGUUUGGUGAUUUUUUCAUUGAUACCAAAACCCUAGAAAAGAAGUUUGAGUUAACCUCAUCCAAACAACAUAUAACAUGAUUGGGAGAUAGAAUGGAGUGUGCAAUAAUACCUGCCAAACAACAAAAAAGUUAACAUUACACAGAAUAUACCAGUUUCAGAUAUAGCAGUAUAAUUGUGAUAGAAUUAAUUGUCGUCCAAACAGACCCACAAAAGUAUGACUUUGUGUUACUUCUUCCUUGUAUUUCUCUUGCUUCCUCAAGAGAUAGCAUCAACCUGAGCCCUAGCACUCCCCUAAACCUUACAUUCCUCUCCAUCCUCCUCCAAAACUACCUAGUUUAGGCUCCUCGUCCAAAAUCAGGGCUAUUCAAAUACCAAAACCAGGGUCAUUAACGUUCCUCUCACCCCCCCCCUCCUGUCCCCCCUAGUUUAGGCUCCUCGUCCAAAACUAGGGCUAUUCGAAAACCAAAACCAAGGUCAUUAAUGUUCCCCUCCCCGCCCCCCCCCCCAAAAAUAGCCCAUCAUCAUCCUCCUCGACAUUAUGAGAAACCAUAGAAUUUCUUGAUCCCAUUUAGGUCUUUCAUUCCAUUCCAUUAUCUUCCAAUGUCGGUCUCUGUGGCCGCAGAAUGGCAGAUCCUCUCGAGUCAUUACUACCAGAAGCCGGAGUUAUACUCAAUGUGCUGGCGCAACAUGGACCUCUCCCGCCACAAGCUCGCCUGCGCCCCCUUUGGUGGGCCCAUCGCGGCCUUGCGUGAUGAGUCAAAGAUCAUCCAGCUCCUCUCAGAGCCCGCGCGCCGCAAGCUCCAAAUUUUCAACGCUGCUGGCAUACCUCUUGCGUCCACUGUCUGGGACCGUCCUGGGGGCCGCCUCGUUGCCAUGGCAUGGACCGACCACCAAACUCUUGCUUGUCUCGUCCAGGAUGGCACCCUCUUCUUUUAUGACAUCCAUGCUCACAUCCUAGAACCUUCCCUCUCAAUGGGCAGAGAGUGCAGGGAGCAGAAUGUGGUUGAGUGUGUGUUUUGGGGCAAUGGGGUGGUUUGCCUUACUGAGGGCAAUUUGAUAUUUUGUGUGCCAGAUUUGAAGGAUCUGAGGCCAUGCAAGUUUGCAGACCCGGGGCUGGAGGAGCCACCGCUGUGUAUGGCAGUGAUAGAGCCAAAGCAUACGAUGUCAGGGAAUGUGGAGGUGCUGCUGGCAGUGGAGGAUUACAUUUUGGUGGUGGAGGAGGACGUGGUGCAGAGGGUAGGGGAGGGGUUGGGCCCCAUUCAGAAGAUGGCAGUAUCCCCCCAUGGCAAGUACUUGGCCGCAUUCACCCAUAUCGGUAAGUUGGUGGUGUUGUCCAUGGGUUCCUCGAUGGAGCAGGAGUUGGAUUCCUCAUCAAAGAUGAUAGAUUUCUCGACAGUACUGCUCGAGUAUGAUUGCGAGACAGCACUCCCCCCUGAGCAUUUGACAUGGUGUGGAUUGUAUGGUGUGCUUCUUUGUUGGGAUGACACACUUUUGAUGGUGGGAUCUGGUAGCGAUGCAAUCAAAUACUCGUAUGAUGAACCGAUUAUCCUUAUUCCUGAGUGUGAUGGUGUUAGGAUCCUCUCAAAUUCGAGUAUGGAAUUCUUGCAACGAGUGACUGACUCUACUUUGUCUAUAUUUAAAAUUGGGAGCACCUUACCUGCAGCCUUGUUGUAUGAUGCAUUGGAUCACUUUGACAAACAUAGUGCCAAGGCUGAUGAAAAUUUAAGAUUAAUUCGCUCCUCCUUGCCAGCGGCAGUUGAAGCUUGUAUUGAUGCUGCAGGCCAUGAAUAUGAUAUUUCACGCCAACGGACUCUCCUAAGAGCUGCCUGCUAUGGUCGGGCCUUCUGCAGCCAGUUCCAACGUGACCGAUUUCAAGAAAUGUGCAAGACAUUACGGGUAUUGAAUGCUGUGCGGAAUCAUGAAAUUGGUGUUCCUUUAAGUAUUGAGCAAUACAAGGUGCUCACACCACCAGUACUGAUUGCUCGGUUGAUUAAUGCACACAAACAUCUUUUGGCUUUAAGAAUAUCAGAGUACCUUGGCCUUAACCAGGAGGUGGUAAUAAUGCAUUGGGCAUGUGUGAAGAUAACAGCUUCAGCAGGUAUUCAAGACGUGGCACUCCUUGACAUCUUAUUGGACAAGCUGAAAAUAUGCAAGGACAUAUCUUAUGCAGCAGUUGCUGCUCAUGCCAAUCAAAGUGGGCGCCGAAAGUUAGCUGCAAUGCUUGUUGAAUAUGAACCACGUUCCUCUGAGCAGGUACCUCUCUUGUUGAGUAUGGGAGAGGAAGACAGAGCCUUGAGCAAGGCAACCGAAAGUGGGGAUACUGAUCUUGUUUAUCUCAUUCUAUUCCAUAGUUGGCCAAAGAAAAGCCCACUGGAGUUCUUUGGAAUGAUACAGAUGAAACCUUUGGCUCGUGACCUGUUCAUCUCCUAUGCAAGGUGCUAUAAGCAUGAAUUCUUGAAGGACUUUUAUUUGUCUGCUGGAAUGCUUCAUGAUUUGGCGUUCCUCUUAUGGAGGGAGUCUUGGGAGCAAGGAAAGAACCCUUUGGCUAGUAAGGGAUCACCUAUACAUGGACCACGAAUAAAGCUUGUUGAGCAAGCUCAUAAUCUUUUCUCAGAGACUAAAGAGCAUGCCUUUGAGUCAAAGGCAGCUGAAGAACAUGCCAAGCUGUUGAGAGUGCAGCAUGAAUUAGAAGUUUCCACAAAACGGCCACUGUUUGUUGACUCUAGUGUGAGUGACACAAUUCGGACAUGUAUAACUUUGGGAUAUGAACAAGCUGCUGCUAAAGUCCGGGCAGAAUUUAAGGUACCGGAGAAGAGAUGGUACUGGCUGAAACUAUUAGCUUUAGCAGCAAAGGGAGACUGGGAUGGCCUUGAGAAAUUCUCCAAGGAGAAGAGACCUCCGAUUGGUUACAAGCCCUUUGUGGAAGCAUGUAUUGAUGCUGAUGCCAAAGGGGAAGCUCUCAAGUACAUACCAAAACUCACAGAUCCACGGGAGAAAGCUGAGUUUUAUGCACGUAUUGGGAUGGCAAAGGAAGCGGCCGAUGCUGCAUCUCAGGCCAAAGAUGGUGAGCUGCUCAUCCGUCUCAAGCAAACGUUCUCCCAAAAUGCAGCUGCAACUGCCAUUUUCGACACGCUUCGAGACAGAUUAUCCCUUCAAGGAGUGUCAUAGUUAUUGAUUUCUCUCCUCAUUUUUCCCCUUUUAAUCCGAUCCCCCCCUUUUAUUGUUGAUUGGUAUUUUGUUUUGUUACAUUUCUGCUAUUUCAUAUCUCUGAAAUGGCUUUGGUUUGUGAAAGUUGGAAUGGCUUGUGAAAGUUGUCAGGAUCGUAUGUUUCUCUUUUGGAAUGGUUUGUGACAUAGCUCGACUUACCUAUCUGUGUAAAUGGAUUUAAAUUAGAAGGUGGGGAACCUGUUAUUUGAUCGUCUUUUAAGAAGUAACUCAUGUGUUAUCCUUUCUGGUCACUGUCCUAGUGAUGAUUAUCGCCAAUAAUUUCAAUUUGUCAGUUUUU